AUGGCAUCUGCAAGGCUGCGGUCAGACACUACGGAGACGGAGCCUCUCCUCGGCCAGCAUGAGAAUGGAGCAUCGAAUGGCGACAUCGAUGCAAACGCCGCGCUGAACGUCAAUGGACACCGAGGCGAUGGCUUGGCAUUGAGAAUCGCAGCGGCUACCUGGUCGUUCGUAGUCGUGGGUUUAUUCACUUCGACGACCGGCGUAGUCAUUCCUCACCUCGAAAAGACAUACCAACUUACGGAUAUCCAAGUAUCCGCCAUCUUCCUGGUCCUACCCGUCGGCUACAUCAUAGCGUCUUACCUCAACCACGCGUUUCAUGAGAAACUCGGCCAGCGAGGCAUCGCAGUCAUCGGCCCGCUCUGCCACCUUGUCUAUGGGCUCACUGCCGCCACCCGUCCACCUUUUCCUGUCUUUCUGAUGGGAGCCGCCGUCGGUGCAUUUGGGAUAGGACUGAUCGACGGUUCUUGGUGUGCUUGGGUUGCUGGAUUGAACAAGGCAAACACCCUGUCCGGGCUGCUACACGGCUCGUUCUCGACGGGUGCCGCGAUCUGCCCGUAUCUUGCGGGCUUGAUGCUGUCUGAGAGUGGCGAUCUUUGGUAUCAAUGGUUCUACGUUCUGGCUGGAGCCGCAGCUAUCGAAGUGAUCGUACUUUCAUGGUCGUUCCGCCAUCAAACUGCCGAAGAAUACCACCAAAGCAAGUUACAUGAAGACAUCACAAGUGACCCAGCAGCUAAGGGUGCCAUCUUCCGGUGCAACGCAACAUGGGUCUACGCUCUAUACCUCUUGAUCUACGUUGGCGCCGAGUGCACGAUAUCCGGCUGGAUCGUGGCCUUCAUGCUGCGCGUCCGGCACGCGAGCACCUAUGCCUCGAGCAUCUGCUCCUCGGGUUUCUGGGCCGGUAUGGCCGUGGGACGGCUAAUACUGGGAGCCGUGACCGACAAGCUUGGCGUCAAGCGGGCUGUCGUCAUCUACCUCCUCUUUGCCCCCGUGUUCACGGUGCUUUUCAUGCUCAUCCGCGUGCUGUGGUUCUCGGUCUUUUCGAUGGCUUUGCUGGGUUUCGUGAUGGGACCGCUCUUCCCAUCAUCCGUCGUUCAGCUGGUCGAGCUGCUGCCGAAAGAGUUGCAUGUCGCUGCUGUCUCGUUCGUGGCUUCUCUUGGGCAAGUCGGCGGCGCGCUGCUACCGUAUAUACUUGGGGCCAUCACGUCGGUCACGGGGUUGGAGGUCUUCCAGUACAUGUUGCUGGUGCAGUUCGCUCUGUUGCUGGUUAUAUGGAUCGCCUCAUUCGGACUAUCCACCAAGAAGGAUGCGGAAGAGGGGGAAACGGGCCGUUCGCACCAGGAUUGA